AUGGCGAGCAAGGUGGUGGACCUCCGGUCGGACACGGUCACCAAGCCCUCCGAUGCCAUGCGGGCCGCCAUGGCCGCGGCCGUCGUCGACGACGACGUCGUGGGCGUGGACCCGACCGCGCAGCAGUUCCAGGAGGAGAUGGCCGCGCUCAUGGGCAAGGAGGCCGCGCUGUUCGUGCCCUCGGGCACCAUGGGCAACCUCAUCUCCGUCCUCGUGCACUGCGACGUCAGGGGCAGCGAGGUCAUCCUCGGCGACGACUCCCAUAUCCACGUCUACGAGAACGGGGGCAUCUCCACCAUCGGCGGCGUGCACCCCAAGACCGUCAGGAACAACCCCGAUGGCACCAUGGAUAUUGACAAGAUCGUCGCGGCCAUCAGGCAUCCGGAUCUGCAUUACCCGACGACCAGGCUCAUCUGCUUGGAGAACACACAUGGGAAUUGUGGUGGAAAAUGUUUAUCUGUAGAAUACAUUGAUAAGGUCGGUGAAAUUGCCAAGAAUCAUGACCUCAAGCUUCAUAUUGAUGGAGCUCGAAUUUUUAACGCCUCUGUGGCACUGGGAGUCCCUGUAGACAGACUUGUGAAAGCUGCCGAUUCAGUUUCGGUAUGCCUAUCUAAAGGGUUAGGUGCCCCCGUUGGAUCAGUUAUUGUUGGAUCAAAGGCCUUCAUUGACAAGGCCAGAAUUCUUAGGAAGACCCUAGGUGGUGGAAUGAGGCAGGUUGGAGUUCUCUGUGCUGCUGCUCAAGUCGCCGUUCGUGACACUUUGGGAAAGCUUGAGGAUGACCACAGAAAGGCUAAAGCUUUGGCAGAGGGACUGAAGAAAAUUAAACAUAUUACAGUGGAUCCAGCUUCUGUCGAGACCAAUAUGGUGUUCUUUGAUAUCACCAAUCCACGAAUAUCACCUGACAAUCUAUGCCAAGUCUUGGAACAGCACAAUGUUCUUGCAAUGCCAGCAAGUUCAAAAAGGUGA